AUUCGCCGACAGCUCAUCAACGCCUUCAAUGUAUGGCUGAACGUGCCCCCGGAGAGCCUGACGAUCAUCACCAAGGUGGUGGCUAUGCUGCACACUGCCUCUUUACUGUAAGCUUCCACCUUUCUGUACCAAUAUCCACGGAAAGCUUCCUCGGGGAGAGCAAAAGCAAAAGCAAAAAAGAAAAGAAAAGAAAAGAAAAAUCAGAAGCCAUCCGCGUAAACAAAACUGACCUGUGGAAAACAUUGACCGACAGAAUCGACGAUGUCGAAGAUAACUCGGUCCUCCGCCGCGGGAUCCCCGUGGCCCACAACAUCUACGGCACGGCGCAGACGAUCAACUCGGCCAACUACGUGUACUUCCUCGCGCUGCAGGAGGUGCAGAAGCUGCACAGCCCGGCCGCCAUCGACAUUUACGUGCAGGAGCUGCUGAACCUGCACCGGGGCCAGGGCAUGGACCUGUUCUGGCGGGAGACGCUGACCUGCCCCACCGAGGAGGAGUAUCUGGAGAUGGUCGGCAACAAGACGGGCGGGCUGUUCCGGCUGGCCGUGAAGCUGAUGCAGGCCGAGAGCGGCGCGGGCAAGGACUGCGUGAGUCUGGUCAACGUCAUGGGCCUGGUCUUCCAGAUCUGCGACGACUACCUCAACCUCUCCAGCGGCACCUAUACCAAGAACAAGGGCCUUUGCGAGGACCUCACCGAGGGCAAGUUCUCCUUCCCGAUCAUCCACAGCAUCCGCGCCCGACCCGGGGAUCACCAGCUGCUCAGCAUCCUCAAGCAGAAGACCACCGACGAGGAGGUCAAGCGCUACGCGGUGACGUACAUGGAGCAGACCGGCAGUUUUGCGCACACGCGGGACGUCGUCCGCGAACUGCGGGACAAGGCGUUGGCGCUCAUCACCGAGAUCGAUGGCCACGGGGCCUGCGACGAUGGCGCCAUGGUUCGUGCGAUUCUCAACAAGAUCACAGAAUCCACACUAGGGAAACCUCAAGAGUCCAAUUAAUAGGAGGAGGGGGGAAACUGGCCAUCUUAUUUCAUGCCACAAACCCCGACAUAAUCCCAGGCCGUCGAAUUAGACGAUGGAGCUCGGACAUACAUGUGGUGGUUCAAACAAGGAGAGAUAAUGGAGAAACAUACAUGAUCUUGUCUAUUUAGCAGCGCUGAAUCAGAGAUUGCACACGUGAUAACAAAUCAAUUACGAAGAUCUUUCUUUAUCUGCUACCUGCAAGAGUACGGGACAGGGUAGUUGUGUGGAUGAAAUCAUGACGACUCUUUACCCCGCUCCCUCCAGGAAUUAUCAAAUAUCCAACAACAAUCCAAAUCUC